AUGGAGCAGGAUGCCCUGCUGGCUUCUUCCCAGCAAGCGAAGCUACCCUUGGCUCUGUUUAUUUUUGAAAGCAACAAGAAGAAGCAGCUCCUGUUUGACCCCUCCACCAAGAAGAUCCGUGGCAUAAUCAGCGUGGCGUUCGCAGAUGCCACCUGCGUGUUCGAAAAUGGCGGGUGGCUGCUCAUGCUCCAGCACAAGCAACAUGGUUUCCAGGAGCAGCAAGAGCAGACCAUCUUCCUUGUGCAUGCCAGCACCGGCAGGCGGCUGGAGCUGCCGGCGUGCCCUUCUGUCAUUGACGGGCUCUUCGUUUUCUACGUCGGCUCCAGUGAGGUGCCUCUGGUUGUCGUGUGCAUUGAGACCAUCUCCGGGGUCCCAACCGUCCAUGUUGCCUGCCCUGGGGACAUAUACUGGAGCGUCUACAAGAACAUUGAGGAUGGCUCCCACCUACCGCUGGAUCCACACAGACGCAUCAAGUGCACCCUCAUUAUCGAUGCCGUCUUGCUCGGGAAGCAGGCCGUCUGCGUCGACUACCAUGGGAAGAUCCUGAUCUUCGACGUCACGGAGAUGAGCUGGAGGAGGACCGCUCUUUCAAAGGGGUGGAACGAAAGGGAUGCUCACUUCCUUGUGGCAUCCAGUGAAGAAGUUGUGCUCAUCUCGUGCCGUCGCUUUCGUGGACGGUUCUGCGACUUCAAAUUCUUCAAGCUGGAUGCUGAAGCACUGGAGUGGUCACCUCUAGAUGACACGGAGCUUGAUGGUUGCAGCUGGUUUCUGUACAGAGGUCGCUCCAUCCUUGCGAGGGAGGAAGGCAAGAGGAAAGUCUACACCUUCUAUCCAAGCCAGUGGGGUGGCUCGACACCGAUCGACGCCGACAGCUCGAGGAAGAGGAAGGUAGCCCAUAUGAAGUCAUUGUCUUCCAGAGAGAAGUCGGUUACGAAUAUAUUCAUGCAUGAUUUAGAAGACGGCGUCGUCAGGACGGUUCUCCCGGCUUCAAUUGUGACUGAGGAACGGCAUUGGCUCCGGUCUAGUGUCUUUGGUGGACCAUUUCAGUAA